UUAAUUAUUAAAACCGAUCACCGAAGAAACAGAGAAGAACAGAACCGAAGCGGGGCCUGAGCUUGGGUCUUCACCUCCAAUGGCGUCCAUGGCUGCCGCCUUCAUCAAACCCUCAAACGCCUUCCCCCACUCUCCAAUAACCUUCGUCAAAACCACCUCACCGUGGAUUCAACUACCAAUUUCUCUCAGAAUUAAAAACAACGCUCGCCGUCGGAUCCGGGUCUCGUGCGGGUUGAUCGACCCGGAUGGAGGCAAGCUUGUGGACCUUAUUGUGGACGAAUCCAUGAGGGCUUUUAAGAAUCGGGAGGCUCUGAGUCUGCCCCGAGUCAAGCUGUCGCGAAUCGAUCUGCAAUGGGUGCACGUUCUGAGCGAGGGCUGGGCUAGCCCUCUUUCCGGGUUCAUGAGAGAAUCCGAGUUCCUCCAAACGCUUCAUUUCAAUUCGCUCCGUCUUCAUGAUGGAUCGGUUGUUAACAUGUCGGUGCCCAUCGUUUUGGCCAUCGACGAUGCCGUCAAGACCCGAAUCGGCGCCUCCUCUAAGGUUGCGCUCUUCGGCUCCGAUGAUCGCCCGGUUGCAAUUCUCAAUGAUAUUGAGAUAUACAAGCAACCGAAGGAAGAAAGGAUUGCAAGAACAUGGGGAACAACAGCUCCAGGUCUUCCUUAUGUUGAUGAGGCUAUUAAGAAUGCUGGAAAUUGGUUGAUAGGAGGUGAUCUAGAGGUUAUUGAACCAAUCAAGUACCACGAUGGGCUCGACUCGUUUCGAUUAUCGCCUGCACAACUUCGCAACGAGUUCAUCAGCCGCAAUGCCGAUGCAGUGUUCGCUUUCCAGCUUCGCAAUCCGGUGCAUAACGGUCAUGCUCUGCUUAUGACCGAUACUCGUCGACGCCUUCUUGAUAUGGGCUACACCAACCCCAUCCUUUUGCUUAAUCCAUUGGGUGGCUACACCAAGGCUGAUGAUGUUCCUCUGCAUUGGAGGAUCAAACAACAUCAAAAGGUUCUUGAAGAUGGUGUUCUUGAUCCCGAGACGACCGUUGUCUCCAUUUUCCCGUCGCCGAUGCACUACGCGGGUCCAACCGAGGUGCAGUGGCACGCAAAGGCAAGGAUCAAUGCAGGGGCUAACUUUUACAUUGUUGGUCGAGAUCCUGCUGGUAUGGGCCAUCCUACUGAGAAGAGGGACCUUUAUGAUCCUGACCAUGGGAAGAAAGUAUUGAGCAUGGCUCCUGGUUUAGAGCGCCUAAAUAUCCUUCCUUUCAAGGUUGCUGCAUAUGACAAAACUCAAGGCAAAAUGGCCUUUUUUGAUCCUUCAAGACCUCAGGAUUUCCUCUUCAUAUCAGGCACCAAGAUGCGAACUCUUGCAAGGAAUAAGGAGAACCCUCCAGACGGGUUUAUGUGUCCCGGUGGCUGGAGCGUAUUGGUCGAAUACUACGAAAGCUUAGUUCCAGCAAACAAUGGGAGGAUCCCCAAACCUGAAGCUGUAGCAGCUUAAAUCCUGUAGAUCAUAGUACAUCACAGGAUUUCAGCACAACACUUUAUGCUCCUGUUUGUGAUAUAAACUUGACAUUCUGUUAGGUGUCUUGAGCUGAAUAAAGUCAUUUGAGGCAGUGGCCUAACCCUGUAACAUAUAUGCUCAUGGGCAUGUAAAAUUUAAGUGUGAUGCAUUUCGAUUUUCAUUUUUAUGUAAUAUAAGUGUGAUUUUAGCUAGCAUGCUAAGUUUGAAUUUCUCUU